AUGCGUCUGCCUGCAAUUGUUGGUGCCGUCGGCCUCCUGGGCACGGGAGUGGAAGCUGCUCCUCGAGGUUCUUGGUUCAGUUCUUUCCAGCAGCAUCGAGUUGCUCGGUCUCCCAAUGGAAACGCCUACGACCCUCCCAGCUAUACUCCCGUGAACACAUACACUCCUGUCGACACAUACACUCCUGUCAACACCUACGCGGCCACCAAGAACACCACCACACCGACAACUCACUCGACAACUCUUGAGCCAAGCAUCCAAUGUCCUUCUAACUACGUGUUUGUCUCUACCAAGACUGUCGAUGUCACUGUCACUGUCACUGCUUCUUCCAAUGGAUCUUACUACACCACUGCUGUCUGCCACGACUGCACCAAGACCUUGACCAUUAGCAACACCAUCUACGUGCCCCCUAGCAAGUAUGCUUCAACCAUGCCAUACGGCGAGCAGAACUCCGGAUCUCCUUAUCCCGCCAACUCGACCUAUGCGGCGCCUUCUCAGACCAAGAAUGACUACCCUUACAUGAACUCUACUAUUGGAUACUCUGCCUCUACGCCCACCGGUUAUCAAACUCCUGGACAGAGCGCAGUCUACAGCACUGCCAAUGGCUACGUCUCUCCUCCUGUCUACACUAAACCGGUCUAUACCAAGCCUGUGUACUCGGACCCUACUUAUGGUAACUCCACUGGCACACAGUCAGGCUAUGUCCCUCCUGUGUAUACCAAGCCUGUCUAUUCCUCAGUUGCUACUGGAAAUGGAACAGUCCCCGUGUACACUAAGCCUGUAGAUACACCGACGUACUCGGCUCCUGUCUACACAAAGCCCAUCUUACCUGGCAACUCUUCGACUUAUGAGACUCCCACUUACACCAAGCCCGUCGAUAGCCCCAUCUACACGCCUCCGGUCUAUACCAAGCCAGCCUACUCCCAGCCUGUCAUUCCUGGAAACUCAUCCACCGUUGAUCCUCCUGUCUACACGAAGCCUGUAGAAACUCCUACGUAUACGCCUCCUGUUUACACUAAGCCGGUCUACUCCCAGCCCAGCAACUCAUCAACCGUUGUGCCACCAGUUAUCUCGACAACUAGUGACAAGGCCGUCUAUACCCCACCAGUCUACACUAAGCCCGCCUACUCGGUACCAGGAAAUUCCUCAACCGUAGACCCUAUCAUCUCAACUUCCACCAGCGCAGAAACGGAGACACCUGCUGAGACUACCAGCUCAGAGACCCUCCCAGUGAUCCCAACCUACCCAGCAUCCGAGGACGUUACCAGUACCCUGGACACAACGAUUUACGAGACCGAGACCGAGACUCCCACAACGAGUGCUACUGAGACGCCCUAUCCCACAACAACUUGA